GGUAGACGGUUUGACAGUUCGAUAGGUAGAUUUGGUUUCACUCUUCGCGCAACUCUCCAUUCAUAGACUCUGGUGCAGACUUCCAGUGGUUUAAUUCGUUCCCAUCUGAAAUUGUGAAACAAGUAACUGUUUUUGUAUUUAUUGUGAGAAUGGCUAUUAAUCUAAACCUAAAGUCAGCUGACGUGAAAGCAAGUCUCGAAGAUCCUGCCAAAUUGCACUACAUUCCAGCUACAAUCCGUGGCGAUGGCCCAGCCAAAGUGGAACAGUAUUUUGAGUCGUACACAGACGAAUUGGAGGACAAAACUCUCGUGAAUGCUCUUCGUGGAUUCCCGCUACGAGGGAAACGAUUCACCUUACCUGCGGCCUAUAGUGGCGUUAUAUUUCAGGAAACUAAAAAACCACUGUCAGCGGACGAGGAACGGAAUUUAAGCUUCGCUGGUGCCUUCAAGGAGUUUACCUAUUGGAAUUACGAUAAGAUACCCUCGAAGAACGAUGCGUUUGAAAAGGCCCUUGAUUGGAUGGAACUGUCUGACGCUUUGCAUGAACCAUUGGAUGACCAAGAAGAUACCAAAUCGGAUGUAAAACAAGAGAAAUAAACUUUGUUGGUUGUUUGUAA